GAAAGUAAAGUAAGAAAGAGGAAAAAGUUACCAUAUAAGAAAACGACUUAACUAUGAAGAAACUUCCCGAAAUAGUAAAAUGACUCAACUAUGAAGAAACGGAGGGAGUACUGAAAAUUAUGACUCACUUUAUUAUAGAGAGAAUCUUAUGAAUAGUAGAGAAUAAUUUUAGUUGACGUACCAAAAAUAGAAAAAUAUGACUAUUUUUCAUGGACGAGACACGAGUGUAUAACAUAUUUUUUAAAUCUGAGUUAUUUCUAUACUAUAUUAAUUAAAAUCCGAAACAUUUUUACCUUUACCUAAAUUUCAAGCAAUUUUUACUAAUAUAAUUGUAAACUAAUUGAAAUAAUUUUAGGCGAUUUUCUUCGAGUGGCUAUGUAAAUAAGGCCAAAAUCUACCAACAUUUUAGAAAACACUCCUAUAUAGUUGAAAAACCUGUCAACACACACAAACACUGAAUAAUCAUGGACCUCCAAAACCACCCAAACACGCCCUUAGCGAUAGCCGCAGCCACCCUUCUCCUAUCCCUCGCCGUUUUGCUAAUCAAAUCCUCACGCCAAAAACCCCGCCUCCCUCCCGGGCCGAAGGGAUGGCCCGGGAUAGGCAGCAUGGGCAUGGUCAGCCAGCUCACCCACCGCGGCCUCGCGGCCCUCGCCAAAACCCACGGCGGCCUCUUCCACCUCAAGGUGGGAAAGGUCCACAUGGUGGCCGUCUCCACCGCGGAGGCAGCCCGCGAAGUCCUCCAGGCCCAGGACCACGUCUUCUCCAACCGGCCCGCGACUAUCGCCAUCCGCUUCCUCACCUACGACCGGGCCGACAUGGCCUUCGCCCACUACGGGCCCUUCUGGCGCCAGAUGCGCAAAAUCUGCGUCACGAAGGUCUUCAGCCGCAAGCGGGCCGAGUCGUGGGCCUCGGUCCGCGACGAGAUCGACGCCUUUGUGAAAGACGUCGAGUCGCGGGCCGGGCGGCCCGUGAAUGUGGGGGCGAUGGUGCUGGGAUUGACCAAGAAUAUCACGUACCGGGCCGCGUUCGGGUCGGUGGCCCGGGACGGGCAGGGGGAGUUUGUGGGGAUUAUGCAGGAGUUUUCGAAGCUUUUCGGGGCGUUUAAUGUGGCGGAUUUCGUGCCGUGGAUGGGGUGGAUCAACGGCCCGGGAUUCAGCCGGAGGCUGGAGAGGGCCCGGGAUUCGCUCGAUGCGUUUAUCGAUAGGAUCAUCGAUGAACAUAUCGAAAAGAGGAAGGAGAGGGAAGAAGGCGGAGGAGCUGAGGAUGAUAUGGUGGAUGAGUUGAUGGAGUUUUACUCUGAGAAUGGAGAUAGCAAUGAAUCAAAGCGGCCUAUUACUAUCACAAGGGAUAAUAUUAAGGCUCUCAUCAUGGAUGUCAUGUUUGGUGGGACAGAAACCGUUGCCUCAGCCAUCGAGUGGGCGAUGUCCGAGCUAAUGAAGAGUCCCAAUGACCUCAAAAAGGUCCAACAAGAGCUCGCUCAAGUGGUCGGGCUCGAUCAAAAAGUGCACGAGUCGGAUCUCGAGAAACUAACUUUCCUCAGAUGUGUCAUCAAGGAGACCCUCCGCCUCCAUCCCCCGAUCCCUCUCCUCCUCCACGAGACAUCCACAACAUAA